CGCGACAAAUCACUGGGAUAGAGACCGGGAGAGCCGCGAUGGACCCGUCGUCCCCGCCGUACCUGCUGGCCAAGCUGACCCCGCUGCACUCGGAGCAGCUCCUGCAGGGCCUCAACGUGCUGCGGCAGCACCGCGAGCUGUGCGACGUCGUGCUGCGCGUGGGCGACGCCAAGAUCCACGCCCACAAGGUGGUGCUGGCCAGCAUCAGCCCCUACUUCAAGGCCAUGUUCACCGGGAACCUGUCGGAGAAGGAGAACGCCGAGGUGGAGUUCCAGUGCGUGGCCGAGGCGGCGCUGCAGGCCAUCGUGGAGUACGCCUACACCGGCACCGUCUUCAUCUCCCAGGACACCGUGGAGUCGCUGCUGCCCGCCGCCAACCUGCUCCAGGUGAAGCUGGUGGUCAAGGAGUGCUGCGCCUUCCUGGAGAGCCAGCUGGACCCCGGCAACUGCAUCGGCAUCUCGCGCUUCGCCGAGACCUACGGCUGCCACGACCUGUACCUGGCGGCCAACAAGUACAUCUGCCAGAACUUCGAGGACGUGUGCCAGACCGAGGAGUUCCUGGAGCUCACGCACGCCGAGCUGGACGAGAUCGUGUCCAACGACUGCCUCAACGUGGUGACGGAGGAGAGCGUGUUCUACGCGCUGGAGUCCUGGAUCAAGUACGACGUGCAGGAGCGCCAGAAGCACCUGGCGCAGCUGCUGCACUGCGUGCGCCUGCCCCUGCUCAGCGUCAAGUUCCUCACGCGCCUCUACGAGGCCAACCACCUCAUCCGGGACGACCACACCUGCAAGCACCUGCUCAACGAGGCCCUCAAGUACCACUUCAUGCCCGAGCACAGACUGUCCCACCAGACCAUGCUGAUGACGCGGCCCCGCUGCGCCCCCAAAGUGCUCUGUGCCGUGGGGGGCAAGGCCGGGCUCUUCGCCUGCCUGGAGAGCAUGGAGAUGUACUUCCCCCAGGACGACUCCAGUGGUAACACACGGUCUGUUGGUGCUGCAAAGCAGCUGCACCAGGGGAUUGUCCAUCAGCUCCAGCACCUGCCUUUGUGUUUCACUGUUCCUGUGCUGGGCAGGACUGGCUGUGCCUGUGACAGAGGCUGUGUUUGUCCCUGCAGCAUGGAGCGCUACGAUCCAAGCAAGAACUCCUGGGAGACCGUGGCCUCCAUGGCUGACAAGCGCAUCAACUUCGGCGUGGGGGUCAUGCUGGGCUUCAUCUUCGUGGUGGGGGGACACAACGGGGUGUCCCACCUGUCCAGCAUCGAGAGAUACGACCCCCACCAGAACCAGUGGACGGUGUGCCGGCCCAUGAAGGAGCCCAGGACAGGUGGGACACGCAGGGGGAACUCGGGGGUCCUGUCAGGGGUNNNNGGGCACUCGGGCUCCUCCUACCUGAACACGGUGCAGAGGUACGAGCCCAUCUCGGACACGUGGCUGGACUCCGCGGGGAUGAUGUACUGCCGCUGCAACUUCGGCCUCACCGCGCUCUGAGGGAGGCGGGACCCGCCCGCCGCCCCGCUGCCGAGAGGGAGCCGGAGCUGCCUGGAUACGAUCCUGCCGCGGGCCCGGAGCUGCCAGCUGAGGAACCUGCCGAGGUUGGGAUCAAAAUGAGGAUUUGUUUUCUUCCCAUAAUUGGCCUUUGUUCUUUCAGCAGCAAAGGGAUGGAAAGCUGCUUCACCAGCUGGCUUUAGCUGGCCCCCUGUCCGCGGCAGUGGGGUUUAGGGAGCACUGUCCACGCCUGGGAUCCGGUUGGAAACUUGUCCAUCUAACCCUUUCUAGAGCUUUCCUCUCUUCCUCCUGCCUCCUCUGGAAUAUGAAGUUUACUGUGCUUGGGGUGAGAGCUGUGUGAGUGUGUGUGUGAGUGCAGGGUUUGCUGAGUGGUGCCUGGCUGUGGCUGCACAUGGAGGAAGCGCCAGUGCUUCAUGGGUUUUUUAUGACCAGUAACUCAAGGGCUGCCUUGUUUCUGUAUCUCAAGGUCUGUAAAUAAUAAAUGCCAUAGGAUGUUGCCUGUACACUCUCCUUUGUUACCUGCUCGCUGGUAGGAGGGCUGGGAGGAUCAUUAGGAACUCCUUAGGGACAUUUCCAGGGCAAGUUUCUUGCCUCUUCACGGCGUUUUUGGGUCUGAUGGCGAGAAAUUGCAUUUUUAACUUUCCCUCCCGUUUUCUUUCUGUGGAGAAACGACUGCUAGAUGGUCUGACUUCAUCUUGCUGCGUGUUUUCGGUUGGAAUGCAAGGAAAAAUCCCAGCAGCAGCAUUCCCAGCAUGAUGCACAGCAACCCCCAGAGCCCAGCCUGUCCCUCCUCCCCCCGAGCGCACUCGUGUCCGUGUUCCCUCCUUUUUUAAAGAAUGUAUGGUCUGCUUCCUCAGAGUGUUCCCAUCUACAAAUGGUGCUAAAUGUGGGGUUGGCAAGGGACCUGUUCCUGGUUUCAGUGCAUAAAACACAUUUGGGUUGUUCCAGUUCCUUCUUUGCUCCAUCCCCCGUGCCUGCGGAGCUGUCCCGGAUCACACAGUGAGCUCCUCCCUGGGUACUGCAGUGGGGUUUUAUUUCACAUCUGUUUGUUGUUCCCAUUCUCACAAACAGGGAGAUCCCAGCUCGGGCUCUUCACACAGUUUUUUGCCUUUAGCACCAGUGCAGUGAGGUCAAAGCCCAGGGCUCAUCCCAAACCCGGGUCCUGCUGAGGCUGAAGUCAUCCCUGGGAUCAACCACAGUGUCACUGUGUGACAGCCCAGAACUCGGUGAAAACUGGGGCAGAGGGAUAGAACCCAACGCUGUGAAUUAGAACCUUUAUUUAAAAUAGAAUUAAAAUCGAAUUUUAGUUAAUUUAGACUAUUUGGGGUUGUCCUCUGACCACAGUUACCUUGGAUUUGUGUUGCUCUCUGUCUGCCUUUUGCCAGGCCUGGUACUGAGGAGUUUUUCUGCCUCCAGAGUUCCUUUCCCUUUGUUGUAACAUGUUAAAUUAAUGUUUGUUUCCCCUUGGUUUUCAAGCCCACAUAGUAUUAUUUUUGACAGUGCAAUAAUAUUUGAAAUAGUUGCUUUAAAAGCCAUUUCUUUAUAAUUCUGCUGAGCUGGGGGGUGUUGAGUGCACUGGAUUUAUCCUGAGUUCCUGUGGAGCUGCUUGCAGCCAGGGAAGCAGUGCUGGUCCUGUUCUUCCAUCCUGGACACUCAGAUUGAACUGGUCAAGGAGAGUGUUUGACCAUAAAACAUUGCUCAUAAAUAACAGGUUUUUGCAGAGACUAUAAAAUCCUUCAGGUCUGCUUCAGAUUUGGUAGAAUUAAGCAGGACUUUAAAUGUAUAUAAGGUAAACUGCAUUGAAAACGCUGAAAUUGUUGAUUUAACCCACUAAGGAUUCCAGUUAUAGCAAUAAUAACCUGAUUUAGUUAUUCCAGGGCAUCUCUUGGUAGGACACGAGGAGCUGCAUGGCUGUAUUUGCAUGUUUUUAUGUGGAGAGGAGAAGAAAUCAUGGAAUCAUGGAAUGGUUUGGGUUGGAGGGACCUCAAAGCCCAUCCAGUGCCACCCCUGCCAUGGGCAGGGACACCUUCCACUGGCCCAGGUUGCUCCAAACACUUGGACACUUCCAGGGAUGGACCAGAAUAAGAAAUCCAUGGGUCAGGUGGUUGUUUGUAUAAACAUCUUUCAAUGGCAGCAUUCAAAGCACUUAAAGCUGCCAAAUGUUUUAUUCUCAUUCCCCAGGCAGUGGGACUGUUAAAUCCCAGAGUGGUUUGGGUUGGAAGGGACCUUAAAGCCCAUCUCAUCCCACCUUCUGCCACGGGCAGUUCUUAGGGAAUCAUGUCCCUUAAAAUCAUGCCAUCCCCAUUUCCCAUCCAGGUGCUGCUUGUCCUGUCCCUGAAGUGCUUUGGGUAGAGGAGGAUCAGACACAACAAUCAGUGUAAAUCUGCUUAUAAAGAUCAAUAAUCUCAUGGGAAUGUCUGUCUGCAGGUUAAAAAUUAAGGACCUUCAACUAAGAUGUCAAAACAACUCCAAAUUAUCAUCCAGUUCCAGUUCUGACUCUCUCCAUUUAUCUGUGAAGCACUUUACAACGGGUUGCAGUGAGUUUAUACGUGCACAAACAGCUCCUGAACUUCUGCUUUUGUUAAGAUACUCAUCUUUAAGCUGCUUGACAGUCUCUCUUCCUAGGAAUGCUUUCCUUUCAGGAAACCUAGUUGGAAUUUCUUGAGGGGUAAAUGUGUCCAGUCCACAUUCCAGACAGGUUUUUUCUGGGGGGGUAGCUUGUUAUUUCCAUGAAGUUCCCAUCUGUAAGUCCCCAUCCACUGUAUGAAACAAUGCAAAACGCCCCAACUUGCCUUAAAUUAUUCCUCUUGACCUGAAAUGCAGAGAACUGGAUGAUAAUUCCUACUUUUUUGCCUUAUGAGCUGUGCUGUAUUUUAAACCCAAGGAUUUUUAGCAGGAUUUAAUAACUGUACAGAGAAUAAUGUACCAAAUGGGACUCAGACUCCUUUGCCCUGGAGUCAGAGCUGAUCCCUGUGGUUUGUGCCCGUGGAGUGGUUUUACCUGUGCAUCUCUUUUCUUUUUCUUCAGCAGCAACGUCCCGAGUUUGUUCUUGUUUACAAAAGUGGCAUUUGAGUCCCACAGGAAAAGAACUGUGAGGUGUUUUGGGGUCUUUGGUAGUUCCCAAGGUGUUGCUCUUGUGCUCUGUAAGUAUUUGUUGUAACUAUUUCAUUCAAUGUGAAACCAUUUAGUAAAUAAACCUGGGGAAAAACUCA